AUGAAGUAUUUGAGUUUUGUAGUGUUUUUAGCGAUUGUGAUCGCACAAAACCAUACCGAUCUAGGAGGAGUAGAAGCUGCUUCGAGUGAUGGGUUCGUGGGUAGGAAAGGCGUCCAAUUUAUUCUCAAUGGGAAACCAUUUUACGCUAAUGGCUUCAAUGCCUACUGGCUCACGUACGAAGCCACUGAUCCUACCGCAAGGUUUAAGAUCACUUAUGCGUUUCAAAAUGCUACAAGUCACGGUUUGGCCAUCGCCCGUACAUGGGGGUUCCGAGAUGGUGCCAUAUACCGCGGUCUCCAGACUGCCCCUGGUACAUACGAUGAGAAAUCGUUUCAGGGUUUGGAUUUUGUGAUAGCCGAAGCAAAAAGACUCGGAUUAAAAAUGAUAAUCACGUUUGUGAAUAAUUAUUCUGACUUCGGAGGGAGGAAACAAUACGUGGAUUGGGCUAAAACUAGUGGCCAAAACGUAUCUUCAGAUGACGAUUUCUACACAAACCCUCUUGUUAAACAGUACUACAAGAACCACGUCAUGACUAUGGUGAACAGAUUGAAUACAAUCACCAAAGUUGCGUACAAAGAUGAACCAACCAUUAUGGGUUGGGAGCUUAUUAACGAGCCACAAUGCAGAGCAGAUCCAAGUGGAAAAACCCUUAUGGCUUGGAUUGAGGAAAUGGCUCCUUAUGUGAAAUCAGUUGAUUCAAAUCAUCUCCUCUCCACUGGUCUUGAAGGCUUCUAUGGUGACUCUUCUCCUCAAAGAAAGGCAACUCUAAAUCCGGAUGCAGCCAACGUUCUUGGAACUGAUUUCAUUGCUAAUCACAAUAUCGAUGCCAUUGAUUUUGCAUCGAUUCACUCUUACCCUGACUUAUGGUUCCCAAACUUGGAUGAGAAAUCUCGACUGGACUUCUUAAGAAAAUGGCUGGAAGCACACAUCGAAGAUGCGCAGAACGUUCUUAGAAAACCUCUAAUCAUAGGAGAAUUCGGGAAACCAACAAACACACCAGGCUACACGCAGGAUCAGAGAGACACCGUGUUCAAGGCAACGUAUGACACCGUCUACGAGUCUGCGCAAAAAGGCGGUGCAGCCACGGGAGCAUGGUUUUGGCACCUGAUUAGUGACGGCAUGGACAACUUUAAAGAUUCGCUCGCCAUUGUACUUAGUGACAACUCGUCGACGGUUAAUAUUAUAAGUGAGGAUUCACGGAAGUUGAGUUUGCUUUUUCGAAAAGAAAGGUUAAAGUCGCGAAAUCAAAAAUUAAAGUUUAAAUAGGGGU